AUGGACGUGGACAUGGACGUGGACGUGGACAUGGACGUGGACGUGGACGUGGACGUGGACAUGGACGUGGACAUGGACGUGGACAUGGACGUGGACGUGGACGUGGACGUGGACGUGGACGUGGACAUGGACGUGGACAUGGACGUGGACGUGGACGUGGACAUGGACGUGGACGUGGACGUGGACGUGGACGACUUGGACGUGGACGUGGACGUGGACGUGGACGUGGAGGACUUGGACGUGGACGUGGACGUGGACGUGGACGUGGAGGACUUGGACGUGGACGUGGACGUGGACAUGGACGUGGACGUGGACGUGGACAUGGACGUGGACGUGGACGUGGACGUGGACGUGGACGUGGACGUGGACGUGGACGUGGACGUGGACGUGGACGUGGACGUGGACGUGGACGUGGACAUGGACUGGGACGUGGACGUGGACGUGGACGUGGACGUGGACGUGGACGUGGACGUGGACAUGGACGUGGCGUGGACGUGGACGUGGACAUGGACGUGGACGUGGACGUGGACGUGGACGUGGACGUGA